CGGAGCCACCUCUUCGUCCCUUUCUGGAAACCAGGAGUUAAUGUGUUAAGAGCCAUUGACAUUUGAAGAUCAUCAGAACUGAAGAUAAAACAUCUCAAAAAUUAUAAUUGCCUCUACUUCUCAUUCGGAGAAUUCAGUGCACACAAAAUCAGCUUCUGUCGUAUCAUCGGAUUCCAUUUCCACGUCUGCAGACAACUUUUCCCCUGAUUUGAGGGUCCUGAGGGAGUGUAACAAAUUAGCAGAAAUGGAGGAACCACCCUUGCUUCCAGGAGAAAAUAUUAAAGACAUGGCCAAAGAUGUGACUUAUAUAUGUCCAUUCACUGGUGCUGUAAGAGGAACUCUAACCGUCACAAAUUACAGACUGUAUUUCAAAAGCAUGGAACGGGACCCUCCAUUUGUUUUAGAUGCUUCUCUUGGUGUUAUAAGUAGAGUAGAAAAAAUUGGUGGUGCUUCCAGUCGAGGUGAAAAUUCUUAUGGACUGGAAACCGUGUGUAAGGAUAUCCGGAAUUUAAGGUUUGCUCAUAAGCCAGAGGGGCGAACAAGAAGGUCCAUAUUUGAGAAUCUAAUGAAGUAUGCAUUCCCUGUCUCUAAUAACCUGCCUCUCUUUGCUUUUGAAUACAAAGAAGUAUUCUCUGAAAAUGGGUGGAAGGUAUAUGAUCCUCUUUUAGAGCACAGACGGCAGGGAAUUCCUAAUGAAAGCUGGAGAAUAACGAAGAUAAAUGAACGGUAUGAGCUGUGUGAUACCUACCCCGCCCUCUUGGUUGUGCCAGCAAACAUUCCUGACGAAGAAUUAAAGAGAGUAGCAUCCUUCAGAUCAAGGGGCCGUAUCCCAGUUUUAUCAUGGAUUCAUCCUGAAAGUCAAGCCACAAUCACUCGAUGUAGCCAGCCUAUGGUGGGAGUAAGUGGGAAGCGCAGUAAAGAAGAUGAAAAGUACCUUCAAGCUAUCAUGGAUUCCAAUGCCCAAUCUCAUAAAAUCUUCAUAUUUGAUGCCCGGCCCAGUGUUAAUGCUGUUGCCAAUAAGGCAAAAGGUGGAGGUUAUGAAAGUGAAGAUGCCUAUCAAAAUGCAGAACUAGUUUUCUUGGAUAUCCACAACAUUCACGUUAUGAGAGAAUCACUGCGAAAGCUCAAAGAGAUUGUGUACCCCAACAUUGAGGAGACUCACUGGUUGUCUAACUUGGAAUCUACUCACUGGCUAGAGCACAUUAAGCUUAUUCUUGCAGGGGCUCUUAGGAUUGCUGACAAGGUGGAAUCAGGGAAGACAUCUGUGGUCGUCCAUUGCAGUGAUGGUUGGGACCGCACAGCUCAGCUAACGUCCCUGGCCAUGCUCAUGCUGGAUGGGUACUAUAGAACCAUUCGAGGAUUUGAAGUCCUUGUGGAGAAGGAAUGGCUAAGCUUCGGACAUCGAUUCCAACUAUUUCCCACAGCAUUUGAAUUCAACGACUAUUUUCUCAUCACCAUUUUGGACCACCUCUACAGCUGCUUAUUUGGAACAUUCCUCUGUAACAGUGAACAGCAGAGAGGAAAGGAGAAUCUUCUCAAAAGGACUGUGUCACUGUGGUCUUACAUAAAUAGCCAGCAGGAAGACUUCACUAAUCCUCUCUAUGGGAGCUAUUCCAAUCAUGUCCUCUAUCCAGUAGCCAGCAUGCGCCACCUAGAGCUCUGGGUGGGAUAUUACAUAAGGUGGAAUCCACGGAUGAAACCACAGGUAUGUAUUUGUAUAUAUUCUGCAAUGUAGGGUGGGAGUUUUUAU